AUGGCAGUGAUCACGAACGGCCGCGCGGCCAUCUGGCUCGCGGCGGUGUACGCGGCCAUCAUCAUGUCUCUAUCAGGCCCAGCAGACGCGGCACGCCUGCUGCGGCAGGACGUGCAGACGGUCGCCUCGAAGGGCGUCAACCCCCUGAGCAGCAAGACGAGCCUGUUUGCCCUGGCCGGAGAGGCCGAGUCGCGCUCCAACGCCAAGUCCAGCGGCCUCUACUACAACGGCGCCUCCACAGUCCUAUACGCCGGAGAACUCUACCCCUCAGCCCGCGACUCCGCCAGCACGCGCAACGGCGAGCAGAGCGGCGGGCGCGGCAGGGCGACUGGCGGGCCGGGGGGCGUGCCCAUCAGCACCUUUGGGACCUACGUGAACGCCGUCACGGACACGGGGCGCGCGAGAGCCGUCUCCGCCUCCGAGGCCAUGCCGAUCUACACCACCGAGGGCGGCCGCGCGGGCAGCUCCCACGGCGCCACCACGGCCACUUUUGACGUGUCGGAGCUGAGGAGGGGCACCGGCGUUAAGAACAACGUGUUCCUGGACAGCGCCGCCGUCAACAGCCUGGCGCCGCUGUCGACGUCCAUCAGCGCGGCCGGCGGCGGCCCCAUGGCCGUCGCCGCGGCGGGCCAGGCGGUCUCUAUGGCCAACGCCGACCUGCCUGGCAACGACGGCGGCAUCGUAGACACCGACACUCAGGAGCUGAUUGCGCGCGGCAGGAGCGGGGCUCUCAGCGGUGUUCGUCAUGCUUCUUCGCAAGCUGUCAAGCAGCGCAUCCGCGCCAUCAAAAACAUCGGCAAGAUCACCAAGGCCAUGAAGAUGGUUGCCGCGUCGAAGAUGCGCAACGCGCAAGUGGCAGUGGAGAACAGCCGCGGGAUCGUCGCGCCCUUUGUGCGGCUGUUCGGCGACUACCCAGCGAUCGCGCCCCCCAAGCAGGUGGCCGUCUCGGUCACCAGCGACAAGGGGCUGUGCGGCGGCCUCAACUCCACAAUCACCAAGUACACCAAGGUGCUGCUGCAGAUGACUCCGCCGGAGUCCAAGUCGACCCUCGUCAGCAUCGGCGACAAGGGGCGCAGCCAGCUCAUCCGCGCGGCGCCAGACGUGCUCACCAGCGUGUUCCAGGACACGUAUAAGGUGUGUGUGUGA